ACGUCGCCAUCGGAAGCAUAGAGCAUGCGCAACCAAACGUUCAAAGAAUCGAGCUCACAGGUGCUGUUCUGAGCCCAGUGCUACACCAUGGCCGCCCAGUCGAAGCUUAUUCCGCCGGACCGUACGCUCAAAGGACUCGUCAACGAGUUCACAGCGCUGUAUCUCAAACAUCGGACGAGGAUAUCCCGCGCCGUCUACCUGACACUUUUCGUCGCCCUCAUAAACCGUAUUCGCAGCGCCAUCUCGGAACAGAAGGCAGCCUCGGUGCGCGAAGCCGAAGCGCGUAGGAAACCUGGGACUGGAGCCACCGAAGGCGAAGCUACAUCAAGGAAGAAGGUCGAGCUGAAUCGAGAGUUCUUCCGGAAUCUUUUUCGGUUGCUGCAGAUCGUGAUACCAGGAUGGCGGAGUAAGGAACUUAGGUUGCUCAUCAGCCAUACCAUCUUCCUCGUACUACGGACUCUCAUCAGUCUGUAUGUCGCCGAGUUAGAUGGAAAGCUCGUGAGCAAUCUGGUUCGAGGCAAGGGUAAGGACUUCUUGACUGGGCUGGUAUGGUGGAUGGUCGUGGCGAUCCCUGCGACCUUUACAAACUCGAUGCUUUCAUAUCACCAAUGCAAGCUAUCGUUGCAAUACCGUACGCGUCUGACAAACUACAUCCACAACAAAUACCUCUCACAAAUGACCUUCUACACACUUUCAGCCCUUGACGAUCGAAUAAAGAAUGCAGACCAACUGAUUACUGUCGAUGUCGCCAAGUUCUCUAACAGCCUCGCUGAGCUGUAUUCCAACAUUGCCAAACCAGUUCUGGACAUGGUCAUAUACAACUACUCCCUCUCUCGAAGUGUCGGCGGGGAAGGUCUGUUCUUUAUGAGCUUGGUUGUACAGCUCUCCGCGAGUGUGAUGCGAGCCUUGACCCCGCCAUUCGGCAGAUACGUUGCAGAUGAAGCACGCCUCGAGGGCGAAUUCAGAUUUCAACAUUCGAGGUUGAUAGAUUACAGCGAAGAGGUGGCGCUCUAUUCGGGACAUGAGGCCGAGAAAGAUAACUUGGAUAAAGGUUACUUCACGCUUAUCAAGCACGUGAACCGGAUACUGAGGCGGCGGUUCUACCACGGAGUCAUGGAAGAUUUCGUCAUCAAGUAUUUCUGGGGUGCUUUAGGCUUGAUGUUAUGCAGUGUACCCGUCUUUUUCAAGAUACCCGGUGUUGGUGGCAGCAAUAUGGGUGAUCGAACAGAAAGCUUCGUCACCAACCGUCGCAUGCUUCUUAGUUCGUCCGAUGCCUUUGGUCGAGUAAUGUUUUCCUACAAGGAAAUAACCGAGCUUGCUGGUUACACCUCACGCGUUUCGACUCUGCUAGACGUCAUGGAAGAAGUCCAAGCCGGCCAUUUCGAGAAGAAGUUGGUGUCAUCUGCAAACACAGAGGAGAAUGCAGUCGUCCUCCGAGGCAGAGGUCAGGUCUCAGAAGACGAGGAUAUCGAAUUUAUCGACGUACCGAUUGUAUCCCCAAAUGGCGAUGUUCUGGUUCGAGCAUUGAGCUUCACAGUGAAACCGGGUGGUCAUCUGCUUAUCGUUGGACCCAACGGCUGUGGCAAGUCUUCCCUCUUCCGGAUAUUGGGCGGCCUUUGGCCUGUCUAUGGUGGAACGGUGAGGAAACCGCCAUUCGAGGACAUCUUUUACAUUCCGCAGAGACCCUAUCUCUCAAGAGGUUCUCUCCGCCAGCAAAUCAUAUACCCGGACGGGCUGCGUGAGAUGCGGGACAAGGGCAUCACCGACAAUGACUUGUACCGCAUCCUCUCCGUAGUCGAAAUCGAAGGCAUCGUUGAUCGGCCCGGCGGCUGGGAUGCUGAGCAGGAGUGGACUGAUGUCUUGUCUGGCGGUCUACAGCAGCGCGUGGCCAUGGCGCGUCUGUUCUACCACGCUCCAAAAUAUGCGAUCCUAGAUGAGUGUACGAGCAGCGUUACACUUGAGAUUGAAAGGAUCAUGUAUGAUGAGGCUAAGCGCCUGGGUAUCACUCUGAUGACAGUCAGUCACAGGAGAAGCUUGUGGAAGUACCACGAAAACAUCCUUCAGUUCGACGGGCAAGGUCAUUACAUUUUCACAAAGCUGGAUGCUGAAAGGCGACUACAACUGGAAGAUGAGAAGGAAGAGCUUGACCUUCAGCUGAGGGCAGUGCCAGACAUCGAGCGACGCAUUGCUGAGUUGACAGCUUGAUCGAGGAGUUGUUCUGUCUAGAUUUAGGGAACGACUGUUAAAUGUGUACCCAACUUAACUUUCGUAACAGUGCUCCUGUUGGAUUACAUGCUGUCACUUCUCAGGAGGGCGUGGGGUUGUAGGAGCGGGGCCUGAUGGGCUGCAGGGGUAGCUUCGCACAUAGCUAGAGCCUCGUGUUUCAUGAUAGCGUUAUAGUCUUUCAUACUGGCU